CUGGAGCUGCGGUGACACUCCGCAGAGGAGGAGGCGCCGACGUUUUUCUUCUCCGAGUUCUCCUACAGCAGAAAAGACAGCCACUGUCGUAUCCCAAAUUUAGGAGCUACGUGUCCUGAGAGCGUCCUGAGGCUCAGAAAGCAAGUUGCUGAUGGCAGUUUACUAAGUGUGGGAGGGUGGCCCAUAACCUCAAACAUCGGUCUCAGAGUAAACCCGAGGAGUUUGGUGACAAAGUGACAGAGCCUCAGCGGCCUUGUCAUGCACCACAGAGCUUACCUCUUGCUGCGAAGAGACUUCUAUGAGUUUCAGGAGAAUGAUCACGAGGGUAUUACUGCCUUUCCUGUAAGUGAAGAUAUGAUGAAAUGGGAAGCUGAAAUUGAAGGCCUACAGAAUUCAAUUUGGCAGGGAAUGGUUUUCCAACUGACAAUAGAUUUUACGUCAGAAUACAACUAUGCCCCUCCAGUUGUGAAAUUUACAACAAUUCCUUUUCAUCCAAAUGUAGACCCACAUACUGGUCAGCCCUGUAUAGAUUUUUUGGACAACCCUGACAAGUGGAACAAAAGAUAUACAUUGAGCAGCAUCUUACUUUCCCUACAGGUUAUGCUUUCUAAUCCUGUGCUAGAAAAUCCAGUGAAUUUGGCAGCAGCCAAAAUAUUGACUAAAAAUGAAUCUGCUUACAGAGAAAUAAUUCAAAAACUUUUCAGCAGGCCAUUCCAAUCAAAAUAUGACAGCCUAGAGUUACCUAAAGACACUUAUCAAUUUAUCAGACCCAUUAAACCAGUCUCAUUUAAUGAUUACUACAAGACAUGGUCUAGAAUAGCUACAUCAAAAGCCACAGAAUACUACAGAAGUCCAUUGCUUGAAGACCCAAAUUUCACUGGACAGUAUUAUAAAUGGAAGAAAAUGGAUCUACAAUAUCCUAAAGAAUGGAGUUUAAAGUAUGCCGCUGUGAAGUCUAGGUUUGCUAGAGAAAACAACAUGCCUCAGGAAGUCAAUCACUCAAUCAAAAGAAUUCAUCCUUGCCCAACCCCAAUUCCCACCACAGCUGAAAUUUUUCCGAAGUCCAAAACUAAAUUAAAUAUCAUCACAGCGAUGUAUAAAGCGGAGGAGGAGUCGGAGGAUGACACUUCGUCAGACAAAAAUGACACCGAUGAGUCAUGGGAAGAGGAAGUAGAAGAACUGGUCUCCUGGACCAAUGCUCUCAACACAGAUAUUUUAGAAGAUUAAGCCAAAUGCACCCAGCAUGUGAACAAUAAACAACUCCCACCACAGCUCAGUUUCAUGGGGCAACUUUUGAAGACUCGCAGAACUUGGAUUCCAUUUUUUGUCCAAGUUGUUUUCCUCCUCUCACUGCAAGUACAAAUUAGAAAUAUAAGUACAAAACGCUGAAUAUGUUGCUUUGACUUUCUUGAGCUAUACUUCUCUGGAACUGAGUUAGUCAAGUCAAGGGUGUUCAAUGCUGCAAUCUGAUCAAUGGUAUCGGAC